GAAUCCAGUACUGGUGGUAUCAUCACAACCAUGGGCCUCAAAGUUGUGGUUACAGUCGGUGGAGUCCCAGGAGCGACAGAGAACUUCCAAGAUUUGUUUGGAAACAAGCUUAUUUUGGAGCUUGUUGCCGAGGAGUCUAACCGCGGAACAAAAACACUUGAUGCAUGCCUUACGGGUAAAAACCCAAAUGAUAUAAAGUAUGAAGCAGAAUUUGAACUACCAACGGAGUUCGGUUCAGUUGGAGCGAUUUGGAUCAAAAACGAACAUGGCAAAGAGACAUUUGUGAAAUCUGUUGUAAUUGAAGGAUUAUCCGACCCUCUUACCAUUUCUUGCAAUUCUUGGGUUCAUUCAAAUGAUGAUAAUCCGGAGAAACGUGUCUUCUUUGUUGACAAGUUAUCAUGCGUACCAUCAAAGACGCCAAGUGGUCUAAAGCCUCUGCGAGAAAAGGAACUAGCAAUUCUUCGAGGCGAGGGUGCUGCCGAUGUUCCUCGGGGAAAGAAAGAUAGAAUUUAUGAUUAUGAUAUGUAUAACGAUCUCGGUGAUCCAGACAAGGAUUCAGAUUUGGUACGCCCGAUACUCGGCGGCACUGACCACCCUUACCCUAGGCGUUGCAAAACUGGUCGGCCUCGCUCUACAUCUGAUCCAUUAUCAGAAUCAAGAAGCACUGAAGUUUACGUUCCAAGGGAUGAAGCCUUUUCAGAAGUAGAGAAGGGAACUUUCAAUCUCAAGACUGUAUUUUUAGCGCUGGCGACAGCCACAGCUUCAUUAAAAAAUAGAGAAGAUGAUAAGCAAUUCUCAGACUUCACAAACAUUGAGUUUUUGUUCAAAAUAGGAGUUGAAUUGCCAAAUUUAAAUGACAAUGGACGUCUUCAGGAGAUGUUGCCAAGACUCUUUAAGUAUUCAGAAAGUACCCAAAAAAACGUCUUGCGUUUUGAGACUCCUGAGACGAUUAAGAGAGAUAAGUUUGGUUGGAUUAGCGAUGAAGAAUUUGGUCGCCAAACUCUAGCUGGUAUUAAUCCUUUGAGUAUAACCUUGGUCAAGGAGUGGCCACUGAAAAGUAAGUUGGACCCAAAGGAGUACGGUCCGUCUGAAUCAGCGAUUACCACAGAGAUUGUAAUGGGAAUGAUCCCAGGCUUUUCCACUAUUGAUGAGGAAAUAGAGAACAAGAAACUUUACAUGCUAGAUUAUCAUGACAUCUUUCUGCCUUAUGUGCACAAAGUUAGAGAACAAAAAAAUACAACUCUAUAUGGAUCAAGAACUCUUAUGUACCUUACUCCAACUGGAACAUUGAGGCCAAUAGCCAUCGAGUUGGUUCGCCCACCUAAAGAUGAUAAACCUCUAUGGAAAAAAGUGUUCACUCCAGGCUGGGAUGCAACGAGUAUGUGGCUAUGGAAGCUUGCUAAGGUGCAUGUUCUUGCUCAUGAUAGUGGCUACCAUCAGUUAGUUAGUCACUGGCUGAGAACACACUGCUGCACCGAGCCUUAUAUAAUUGCAACCAAUCGUCAACUUAGUAAAAUGCACCCAAUACAUAGUCUCUUACACCCUCAUUUCCGGUACACUAUGGCCAUUAAUGCUUUGGCUCGAGGGGCACUCAUAAAUGCGGGUGGAACUAUCGAAAUGUGCUUUUCGCUGGGGAAGUAUGGCACUGAGUUGAGUUCAGUUGCAUAUGAUCAACUAUGGCGUUUUGACCAGGAAGCAUUGCCAGCUGACCUUAUUGCUAGGGGCAUGGCUGUGGAAGAUCCAGAUUCUCCACAUGGUUUGAAGCUAUCUAUAGAAGAUUACCCUUAUGCAAAUGAUGGUUUACGCCUUUGGGAUAUUAUCAAAAAUUGGGUUACCGAUUAUGUGAAUCAUUACUACCCAGAAGAGAAUCUUGUAAAAUCUGAUGAAGAGCUUCAUGCAUGGUGGACCGAGAUUCGAAAGGUGGGUCAUGCAGACAAGCAAGAUGAACCAUGGUGGCCCAUUCUCAAUACACCAAAAGACCUUAUCUGGAUUCUAACAACAAUCAUAUGGGUAGCAUCAGGCCACCAUGCAGCAGUGAACUUUGGGCAGUAUGACUACGCGGGUUACUUUCCUAACCGGGCCCCCAUAGCCCGGGUCAAGAUGCCAUGUGAAGACCCAACUGAUGUUGAAUGGGAAAAAUUUAAAUGUAAGCCUGAAGAUGUACUCUUGUCUGCACUUCCUUCUCAAGGUCAAGCCAUCCAAGUUAUGGCAGUUUUGGAUGUGUUAUCAAACCACUCUCCGGAUGAGGAAUAUAUUGGGGAUAAAAUGGAGCCAACUUUUGAGGCAAAUCCACAGAUAAAAGAUGCUUAUGAAAAAUUUAAAGAGAAUGUGCAAAAAUUGGGAACAAUUAUUGAUGGUAGGAAUGCUGAUGAGAGCUUGAGGAACAGAAAUGGAGUUGGGGUUGUACCAUAUAACCUUUUAAAGCCUUCUUCAGAAGCUGGUGUGACCGGUAUGGGAGUUCCAAAUAGUAUUUCAAUCUGAAUACUCUACGGUUUGUUAAAUAUGUUCUUGUAACGAGUGGCGGGUGAUCCGUGAUGAAACUAAAUAAAGUCAUCCGUAUAUGUUAUUGUAAGGUUUGAAUAAGUCCCAAGACAUGCUUCAAUAUAAUUUGUGACAACUCGUAGUUCCAAGAGUCCUUUCUUGUAUUGAUUUCCUUUUUCACAUUUUGUGCUUUGAUGUAAUCUAUGUGUAAUUUGUAUGAAAUGAAUUAUGUGAUUGGAUUGUGCUUGAA